AUCAGGAUUUCUUACUUGUUUCACUCUCACACCCAACAUAAACUACGGCUGACUUUGUUGACUUCCGCAGCUGGAAUCUAUCGCGCAUCUAUGGGGAACUUUAACGAAUAUUUUGCACUUAAUACAACUGCGAGCAACGUGGCGUAUUUUAUCACCGGAGAUUUGCCUCAACGAAGCACUAAUAGAUCAAAUUGGCUUCGAAUUGCGUUCCAACUUGGCGACUUUGCUCCCAUUGUUAGGAAACUUACAUCUGAAACAUCUCAAAGUAGUGAAAGUGUUAUCAUUGUAGACAGUAGUCAGGCUUUACUUACUUGUACACCUAAUUUUUUAUUCCAUCACACACAGAGCAAAAAGGAGAACGUAGAAAAAUUCAAUGCGUUCAAAAAUGCGGGUGCUGACCUUACUGUGGUAACUCCAGCUUUGUCCUCUGCAAAGGAAGGACCAGUUGAGUUAACGGUAAAAGUUUUGGAACAGUUGUCGAAAACAGCAGUAACCACUACUGAUAGCGUAUUCGUUGAUGGUGAAUAUGUCAAGUUUACUGGAGCAAACUUUCUACGGUUGAUACAUAAGGUGUCAAUGGCCAUGUCAGCGUUCCCGCUGCCAAUCGACACAGACACUCGUGUUAGACACACGGAGACAGUUCUGUACGAUGGUAUCGUUAUGGUGAAGAGUCGGGCAACGAGUAAAGUGGUUCUCUUCCGCAUAUUUGACUCCCUCAGUGGCUUCAUUUGGCUAUGCGUCUUCGCUUCUCUCUUAGUCGUGGCAAUAAUCUUUUUUAUCAUCAAGAUUGUUAAUGAUUGGCAGACUCGAGAACUGGGCACAGUGCCAGACGACCAGGACACUUCGCUCUUCACACGCUUCCUAACGGUCAUCUUUCGUAACUUCUCCGCCGUGUUAUUAGCAAAAAUGAUUUUGAAGCCAAAGCAAACGUCUCUUCGUGUACUCUACCAGUCCUAUUGGAUGGCGUCAAUCCUGUUCGUUGCUACAUAUGCCGCUUCCCUGGCUGAACAGAGGUUUGUCGUCCGGAACACUGUGAUGCCAUUUAACUCCUUGGACGGACUAUUGAGGAAUAGCAUGAAUUACCGGUGGAUAUUUUUGCAAAAUAGCUCAGUAGUUUGGAAAAUCCAAGUAAGCAGUGUUCCAUUAACAUUUGGUACUGGUAUUUUUUUCAAGCAAUCAAGGGAUGCUGUGCUGAGGGAUCUGUGGAUUAAAGCUGAAAAGGAAUGGCCAAAAGAAAUGAUCGUUAUGAGUGUUGCGGAGGCUUCAGACCGAAUCUCCAACGACGACCAUCUCAUUCUCAUUGCCAGUCGACUUGAAGCAACACAAAUUUUGAGUGAAGAAUGUAAUCUGGAAAAGUCGGGACCCGUUGAAUACCUGUACGGCCUGGGAUUUCUGUUAUCUGGAGACGAUGCAUUCGCUAACCGGUUAACUCAACAAAUUAGCAGUCUCAGCGAUGAGCACGUGUUUACUGCCAUUGAAAGUAGAGCUCUUGGAAUAGGCGACUGUCCUGUGUCAUGGGAGAAGAUUAACAUGCAAAAGAAACCGUUCUCGCUGAAGGAAUUGGGUGGGCUAUUUAUAAUUGUUCUUGUCGGCCUCAUAAUUGCUUUCAUCGUCGCCGCUAUUGAAUUCGCCAUCGAGAGUUUCCCCAUGUAUCGUCAAUGGAAACGGGUAAAUUUCACCGGAACUAUUCGUUUUGGGGAAACUUAUCCUGGUGAAGUCCUUAACGUCCAGGAUGAUGGAAUUUGGAUCCGGCUUCUUGAUAAGGAGUCAACGGCUUUUGUCGAUGUCAGCCACAUAAAAACUACAAGAGGCCACGAUGGUAGGGUCCACCUGGAACUAGGAUCAUACGUAAAAGCAACGUACUUAGGCAAUGACCCAUGCACGGCGAAUCCUAUCUUCAACGUGACCGAGGAGAAGACCUUUAAACCCGACGUCGCCGAAGCUGUUCCUCCGAAUAAUCAGCCAUCGGGACAAUAA